CGGCGUCUCCGCCUCCCCCCCCCGCCCCAUCUCGCCCUCCUGCUCGGAACCCCGGGAAGGGUGACUCCCCCCUGGACGGAGAUUCCCCGAGACCCCCUUGUCGAUGGGGCGGAAGAAAGCUGGCUCCGCCGGCUGGAGAUGGGGUCGGCGCUGGGAGUGAAGACCCCGGCCACACAUACACACACCUGGCUUGUUUACACGGCUAAAAGGAAAAGCCCAACCCGGAUCAAGAGGGAAUCCACAUUGUCGGGUAGGAAAUGUAACCAGCUGAAGCCCCCCAUCCGGGAGUUCCAGAUGGGUCUUGGAUCAAAGUGAUUCCCGUCCCUCGGAAUCAGGAGACAAACCAAUCUUCCAGACAUGGAGGUGAAGGGGCAACUCAUCAACUCAUCCAGCUACAGCUCUUCAGAGGCUUUGCAGCGGGACCUCUGUCCGCGGAUCCGGCUGGAGCGGGUGCAAGAGCUGCUGGAGAAGCAGCGGUCGCUCCAGCAAGUUCUCAGCCUGCGCCUUAAGGAGCUGCGCCGCAUUUGCCUUCAGGAGGCUGAACUGACAGGACAGUUGCCUCCCGAAUACCCCCUGGAGCCAGGGGAAAGACCCCAGCCUGUGCGCCGGAGGACGGCAGUUGCCUACCGAAUUCCCACUGCCCUCAAGAAUGAGGAAGCGUCUUCCUUGGAGGAGCUGACUCAAGAGCUGGCUUUGCAGCAGCAAGUGGCGGAGGCCGCCCGCCGCCUCACCGUGGCUCCAGAUCUGACGGCUGAGCAGCGCCGCCGCCGGAGGCAGGUCCAGGCAGAUGCCGCCCAGCGCCUGCGGGAGCUGGAGGCUCAGGUGGCAGAGUUCCGGGUGCGACUAGGCAAAGGGCCCUCCCAGAGGGGCAGUCAUGAAGAGGCUUUCCAUUCAGAGAGCAGCUCCCUCUCCGAAUCGGCCAGCCAUGAAAAUGGGGUGUGCGGAUGCUUCUACUCUGUGCCCUGUGCUCUGUCCUCAGACGACCCCCACAGCUUUCACCCCUCCAAAGUCUCUAACCACCAGGGGACCUUUUUUGACCGUCCUUCGCCACCUAAGGCCCGAGAUCACCUGCGUGCCAUCUCCAGUAGCCCCGACCGCCGACCAGGAUGGCGGCUUUUGCAGCCGGACCUGUACAACGAGGGCAAGGACCGCAGGAACUCUGUUGCCAGCCCUGCCAGCCCAAGCCGCACACUCCCCAGGAGUGCUUCCAGCUUCGAGGGCCGGAGUGUGCCUGCAACCCCAGUGCUGGCAAGAAGCGCUUGCACAGGCGGCCACCAGUUCAGGUCCGAGGCCCCAGCUCUACACCCCCGGCAAUGGUCAGGCAGCCACGACUCCCAGCUCGGACCCCCGAGCCGCGACACCAGCGCUGACCGGGCCUCCCUCUUCGCCGCUCGGACCCGUCGCAGCAACAGCUCGGAAGCCCUGAUUGAGCGGGCCCCUUCGGAUGACCCCCUGUUCCCCGCUGCGCCCCCUUUUAAAAGUGCAGAGGCCCUGACCCCUUCCAUCUCUGGCCGCAACCCUCGGCCCCCUUACAAUGACCUCCUUCUGGACUACUACCUGGAACGCAGGUGCUGGGGCGGCGGCGACCACCUUUCACGCCGGGAUGGGCCCCCCCAGCUGGAGUGGGGGGCCUUUCCCGAGAGCCCGCUGCAGCGCCGAGCCCGCCCGGCUGCCCGCACCAAAUCUUGCGGCCCGCUGCUGCCCCCCCAGUCCCGGGAGGUCGGUUAUGGGCCCCCGCUGCCCCCUCAGCGCAACUUCCACAAAGCCCUGGCCCUGGAGGGACUCCGGGACUGGUACCUGCGCAACGCCGGAGUCAGCCAGCGGGGGGCGCUGGAGAGACGGGGACCCUCGCACCCCAGCCACCAGCCGCUCCGUGGCUACUACGAGCCAGCUGCCGCCAACCCCGAGACGGGCUACUAUGGGACGCCAGGGGGGCUGCCCCACUCAGUGAGCUAUGCCGGGCAGCCGCUAUAUGGCAGGUAUGGGGCACGACUGCACUAUUUGCCCCGGUAACUGCAUCCGCCCCGUUCAUCCUGCUUGCCUUACGCCACAUCCCCUAACACCACUUCUGCAGAGUCUGUCUGUCAUUCUUUCUGCUCUCUCUUUUCUUUCAGGCACUUCCACCAUGCUGCACUUUUCCCCAGCUGCUCUGGAAUUCUUGUGCUUUGUUUUCUGUUGUUGUUUCUCCCCACCCACUAAAAGUGCAUUAUUGGGGGGGGUUGGGGGGUGGAGGAGCACCCUUUUGUUGCUGCCUCUUGGUCCAUUUCUGAAUGAUUUUGAGCGGCCAGGGGGCUGGAGUUUGGGGUGGACUGUCAUGGGAUGAAUGGAAGAUAUCUACACUUCUUGCUGUGUUCCUCCUUGCCUAAUUCUCUUCUUCUUCUUCUUCUUUUUCUCUCUCUCGCUCCCUUCCACCUUUUGAUGCCCUGCUAUGCCCUCUCAAGACCUUUUGGGGAACUGCUUUACAUGGAUGACUCUGCUGGCCUCUACAGCUUGGACUCCACAGAGCAGCCACCCCCGGGGACAUUGGUCUGACCCCCCCACUCUGCUUUUUUCCCCCAAGGGGAAAUAGAGUUUGGUCUCUUUUUCUUUUCUUCGCUGGUGCCUCGUGUGUGCGUGUGUUACACCAUGUUGGGGGGGGCGGGAAUUCCCUGCUGGCAGGGUUUAUAUACUAUAUCUAUAUAUCUGUGUGUGUAUGUGUGUGUGAGAGAGAAAUUGAGAGUGUGAAGGGAGGUUGUUGCAUGUCACACUGGACACACAA